UUAAUACAGUUUCCCUUAUGCGACCUUCAGAUGGACUUCUGUCUGUCCAUCUUUCUAAACGCUGCAGCAGUGUGUCCAUGUGGUUCGCAUGUCUGCCUCACAGUUCUUGUGCUUUGAGUUUGACUUGCGGCUGCUCGGGCUUCCUUCCGCAUUCCAAAACCAUGCUUUCAGACCACCCAGAAGACAUAGAAGACCAGGCAAAUACAUACAAAUGGUGUCGACCAAAAGCAAAGCCCCAUCCCCGCCGGGACUGAAGAAUUUGGAUUCCUGUGAUUUCUCGCAGUGGUAUCCAGGAAACGCUCCUUUCACCAUGGACCACAAGGAGAAGCUGGUCGACAAAGAUCUCUCUUUAGUGGUUGUUUUGCCGGAUGGUGUGGAAAAGAUGACCACAGUACACGGGAGCAAGCCUCUAAUGGAUCUGUUAGUGACUCUCUGUGCGAGGUACCACCUCAACCCGUCAAGUUACACCUUGGAACUGAUCACCGCCGGCCGGCACAACGUCAAACUCAAGCCCAGCGCUCUCAUCGGAACCUUGCACGCGGAGAAGAUCUUACUCAAACCUAAAGGCGACGAUAAAAAUAAGAAGACGGGUCCUCAAAAGCCUGAGGCCACCGUUCGGAUGGUGAUAAACUACAAGAAGACCCAGAAAGCUAUUUUAAGAGUCAAUCCUCAGAUCCCGCUGACUGAACUCUUACCCGCAAUCUGUGAGAAAUGUGAAUUUGCAGAGGAGACAACAAUUUUGUUGAGAGAUGUGCAAUCGCUGGCCCCUUUGGACUUGUCCUGCUCCCUAAAUGAUUAUGCAAUCCGGGAGGUUUACGCAAGAGAUACAAGAGGACACGUCGACUCUCCUGCGUGUCCAGCUUCACCCACACAUGCAGUUGCAGUGACGCACGGCAAAGAUAAAAAUCAGAAAGAAAAAGAAAACAAGGGCCUCUUCAGCAAGUUUAGAAAGAGCAAGAAAACAUCCGAGCAGGCCACGACAGUCAGUGCGCCGGCAUCUCCGGUGCUCGUGAGCAAGCCUCGACCGCUCAGCAUGGCCUUGCCCGGCUCCAGCUCACCACCUCCGCUUAUGUCGCCGACGUCGCCUGUCGGCGAUGCGCCCAAGAAGAGACGGGCGCCUCAGCCCCCCAUCGUCGUGUCUCAAAGCUGCCACGCGGACCUCGGCACUCGCCAGAGGUUCUACUCCGAGCCUACGACAACAUCAGGGGACUGUGAGGUCUCCGGGUUAAGUUGCGGCUCCUCAGCAGAAUCGUCAUUGAAGAGAACCAAGCGCAAAGCGCCUCAACCCCCAACGUCGCCAAGUGGUGCCGCCCCAGAAACGGUUCCUCCUCAAGAAAAUGUGCAAGAUUCUGUCGGAGCUAAAACGCUGGAGGAGAUCAUGGAGGAGACGUCAGCUACUGCCAGCGAGAUCCAGAGAGAAGACGCCAGUGUCAGCUCGAUGUCCGACAAAGGCUGCGGGGUCGAUCCGUCUCGUGAUCUGUCCUCAGAUGGCAAUCGGUCACAGAGCACCACGAGUGAUUCGGCGAUUCAGACCGUUGAAAAGACGCCAGCCGGCCCGGACUCAUCUCAACUGGCUGCGAGCGUCUCGUGUCAAGUUGAAAGUGAACUUGAGGCGCCUGCAAGCCAGAGGGAAAAAGUUGACAGCGGGAAUGUGACAAGUGAACUCCAGAACUGCCGGUCAGAAGAUGAAGUCUGCCGUGCUGCUUCUGUUUGGGAACACAUCAUUGCCGCCGAGGAGGAGUCGCAUGUUCUCAGCACGUCCCAUCCCGCCGGCGAGGACGCUCAGGUGCAAACCGAUUUCCCACCUCUCCCUGAGCCGCCGCGGCAACAACAGGAACGCACAGAUCAAGCUCCGCCCUCUGCCAAGGAGCCCGGUUUCGAAUCGUCGGACGGCGACAAGCAAGAUAUCGCCACGUCGGCGGGUGAGCCGCUCCGCAGCGACCUCAGAUGCGCCCGAGCCCCCGAGACGUGCCGAACUCCGACGCCGCCCGUAUCCCCGAAGGCCGCGCCCGACGCCGCCUCGCACCCCGAGCUGAAGCCGAAGCCUUCCAACGAGUUAACCAGGGACUACAUCCCCAAGGUGGGGAUGACGACGUACACCGUCGUGCCUCCGAAAUCCAACGAGAAGCUGAGGUAUUUCGAAGUGGCACUGACACUGGAAACGGCGCCCGUUGCCGCGGAAGACGUUAGCGAGCGCUCAAAUGCACCCAGGGACCGAAUACUGAGCAGCACUACUACUCCUACUACCACCACCAGCGCACUAAACACUGUCAACGGAUGCCUCGCUGAAGCCACUCACGCCUCAUCACCGAGCAGCUCGCCGAAAGCAGAUGACGCUCUCCGCUCCUCUCAAGCAGGUUCACCAGGAGAGGUCAAGGCGACGAAAAUUCCGCCCGCAACGAAACCAAAGCCGGGCUCUUUCCGCUUGUCAAAGCACAAAAAGACUCCUGGGUAUUAUGUAACCUCGGCAGCAGAGAAGAGCCCAGGUGCCAGUUCAUCUCCUGGCCACAUGGGGGAUCAAGUAGACCGAGCACUGUUGCUGCCGCCGCCGCCGCCUCCUCCCCCCGUACAAGGCGACACCGAAGCAACCGCCAUACAAGCGACGCGUGUGACAAGGCAGAGCAGUCUGCCGGCCAAAGAGCCGAGCUUCGGGCUAAGCUUGGAGAAGCUGAAGAGCUUUGCGGCCCCCAGGCCUUAUUCCCCCUCCACGCCGUCCCGCUUCGCCCAGGCCGUGUCCUCGGCCGUGAAGCGGAGCCAUUCGCUGUCGCUUCGGCCCAAACCAGACAGUUCUCCUCCGGUCACACCCUCUUGUCCUGCUGCAAAUCGCUACUCGGUCAUCGAGCGAAAUGCGGGGAAAGAGUUCAAGGUCGAUGAGGUGAUGAAUGAAAAAGGAGUCGAAGGGCAACUAACGUCGCCGAGUGAGCUGCUGCGGACAGACGGAAUGACAGAGUCCCCCAUAGCGGUGCCUUAUGACAAAAUCUGAUCUACUGAGAGGAACAUCCUGUUUUUUUUUGUUUUUUUUUGUUCCAGAAACCUUUUCGGCACAAGAGCCAAACGGUCUUUUUGUCUCGACCUCUUUUGAUUGGCAGUGUAUAUCGAUUUAAUGUAUGAAUUGCUGUAUUUUGCUUUAUAUUUGCUCCCAUUUCAAUAACGGCCUUCGGUUGACUUGCAUAAUUUAAUAUCUCUUUAUUUUGUGCCAUGUGCUGUCUUGCAUUAAAUGCAUUACUGUUUUUGCCUGGACCGAUACGUGAAUAAGAAGCGAUGCUAUAAAUUAUAAAGAUGAUUUUCAGAGUUGCAAGAAUGUCGUUGUAUGACGGUUUAUGUUGAAUAAGUACCUACAUAUUGAUUUAUGAUUUUGGGACGGACCGGGUUUGACUUGUGGUACUCAUUGCCCCUCGUUUGCGUUGUUGAUAUUUAAAAUGUGUUUUCACAUGUUGAUGUGAAUAAACCUGAACUACGCACGUCGCUGUAGUCAAACAGUGUUGUAAGCAAUAAAGCUUUUAUCAUUUCAA